AUGAUAGGUUUUGAGUAUGAAAAACUCAAGAAGUUUUGUACUAACUGCUCUCGCAUUAAUCAUGACUCCUCCCACUGCCCGUAUCUGGUUCCACCGAUCCAUCAAGAGGACAUCCUUAAUGUUCCAGUAGGUCCUGUCUUUGAAGAAGGCGAAGGCUCCAACAUCUAUAGUUUUCUGCACGAGAACCAUACAUCUCUAAGUUCUGAGAUUUCCUCUUACUCUCCCAUCUCACAACCACCAAGACCUGCUGCUCCUGGGCCUAAUCUGGAAGAAUUUAUGGCUUCUUAUCCGCUUGGAACUCGUCUUUCUUCAUGUUCAGACUUUUUAAGAGUCUCCCCUAAGGCGAGAGAAGCUAAUAAAGGGAAAGCUAAAGCUAAACUUGAAAGUGGAGAGUGCUCUAAACGUAGGAAAGGAAAGGAAGUUCAGUUAGAGUCAGAAAGAAAUACUCGCCAGUGCAGAAAGGAUCCUGGCUUAAGGUUCUAUCCGACUGAGCAUGAAUCCCCAUGA